AUGGAGAAUAGUAGUAGUAGUAAUAAAACCUCAAGAUACAUUCUUUUACCCACUUCUGAUAAAAUCGAUGUUGAAGUUGAAGAACAAGAGCCUUCCACCUCAAAUUUGCCUCUUAAAAAACCAUGGUACAAGACACCUUCUGCAUAUUGGUUAAUACCAAUGUUUGUAGUGAUAGCAAUGACAAGCGGGUUGGCCGUAGCAGUUGGAGUGCAAGUUUAUUUAAGAGCUGUAUGCCAUGAAUAUUAUUCAAAAAAUGGAGAAGCUUCAAUUCCUUUAUUAUUUAAUGGUAUUAUUGAUAAAUGUAAUAAUGCUGAUGUGCAAGCAGUAACUGCUCGAUUCCUUAUCAAAGCAAAUUUUUGUACAGCGAUCCCAGCCAUAUUUGUUCUUGGGCCACUUGGUUCUUUAUCAGAUAGGAAGGGGCGCAAAAAAACUUUACUGAUAUCAGUUGUUGGAACGAUUCUAAGCACUUUGAAUCUGUUGUUAGUUUGUAAAUUUUUAGACAAGGUUGGAGUGAAUGGAUUUUUAAUAGGAUCAUUCAUAGAUGGAGUAACAGGUGGAUUUUAUGCAUUAUCAGAAGCAAGCUAUGCAUACGCAACAGAUUCUACUCAUCCCACACGAAGGAAUGUGAUCUUUGGAUGGAUACAAGGGGCAAUGUUUGCAGGAUAUAUGGUGGGACCAACAUUAGGAGGAUUGUUGGUGAAUGCAACACAUAAUUUACUUUCAGAAAAAUUAUCAUUGAAUGUGAAACGUCAACAAGAGUUAUUUGCAAUAAAUUGGACGGGAAUUAAAUUGAUUGAUUCUUUUCUCAGAUGGGUCUAUGUUAUGUUCAGACCAUUGCUAUUAUUUUUUCCAAAUGGACGACAACAACAAGAUAAUGAUAAUGAUAAAGUUCCUAUCGCUGCUUCAAGAUAUUCAUUCUCGCUAUUAGGAAUAGUAUACUCAUUAUUGUCAUCUUCGAUAAUGGCUAUGACAACUGUAUAUAUAUUAUAUACAUCAUUAGUAUUUAACUGGUCGUUACUAGAACAGGGUUAUUUUGUAUUCUUAAUGAGCGGAACGAAAGUAUUUGUUUUAUUUGUUUUGUAUCCACUAAUAGUAAAAUUCAAAGAACCAAUACUUGGAUUAACAUCAAAAUUCAAGAUAAAAGUCCUUGCAUUAAUAACUCCUUCAAAAAAUACAAUGAAUAACAGUACAGAAGAGCAAAUAAUUAUUGAAGAUGACAAUGGUAUGGAUGUCGAGAUUUUCACAGAUAAUGUGAAUGAUAAAGAUGACGAGAAACUAAUGAAAAAUGAGUUAAUAUCAGAAGUCCAAUUAAUCAGGCUGAUAUUCUUUAUUGACGCUCUAUCUCAUGUUGCAUAUGGCCUAGCAAAAUCCGGUGCAGUAUUUAAUGCUGUAACAGUGAUAGCUUCUUUGGGUAUAAUAACUACCCCUGCAAUAAAAUCAUUGCAGACAAAUCUAAUAUCUCCAUCUCAAAUUGGUCAAUUCUUAGGCGGAAUAAGUGUAGUAGAUUCAAUUCUUCGUAUAUUUGUUCCACCACUAUUUGAUUUUUUAUACUCUGUACUAGUGAAAACUCAGCCUAACCUCAAAUGGUAA